GAGGAACACUGCCUUGCACCCCACCCACCUCAGUGAUCCCCAGAGUGUGUGAGGGAGAGCAUCUUCCGCCUCCAGUCCUGUUUCCUCCCUCCACCCCUCCGUCAGAUCGCACUCGAGGGCAAGACUGGCUGGGAGAGUCGGGGCCCACGCUCUAGCAGCCAACAGAACAAACGACCUCUCGGAAUGUCAACGAUGGAGCAAAACUGGAAGCUCCGAACCGAGUGAGAGGCUUCGUCCCCUGUCAGUGUGGAGAGUGCAGCAGCAACAACAACAACAACAACAACAACAACAUCAGAAGCAGCAGCAACAGCAACAACAACUACACAAAACAAUUGAUGGCGAAGGCUCAGGUCACGAAACGACCUACUUGAAGUGAUUUACCGCCGCACUCGACGCUUCCUCUGGUGGCCUUGACUCGUGACGCUUGGCCGGGCGGAGCGCUGAGCCUCGCCGCUUGGACCAUGGGCGGCGGAGACCCUGCCGAAGGGGCCACGCAGGCUCUCCGUGCUUGCUGUUGCUCAUUAACAUACAAAUACCAGGUUUAAAAAGUUUCCGAACGACUGAAAAUGUUUGCGUGAUUGCCGCUGACUUCUCCUGUAAAAUAUAAACUCAAACAGACCAACACCCGGACUGACGGUGGGGACGCUGCUGACCGGCCCACACCAACUCUCCUUCCUCGCUGCCGCUCACUAAUACAUAAACACCACAAAGUUUUCGAGUGGUUGAAAAUGCGUGCGUGAUUGCCGCAGACUUUUCAAAUAAAAUAAAGACUGACAAACAAACACCCAGGCUGACGGCGCGAGACUGCACACCACCUCUGAAAACAUGCCAGCUUUUUUCAUCUCGUUGUGGCAGCGUCCAGUGAACUAUUGACGAGAGCUGCGGCCGUGGGUCUGACGCGGACUGGUGGCGGCACACACACAAACACGCGGAGGGGCUGGGCGUCGCGUGAAGGGGCAGCAGCACUUACUCAAGUCGAUUCUGGGGGACAUUUUAAUAAGGAAAAGUAGCACGUAGCCAACAACAACGUCUCUAGUUUUUUUUCCCCUUUGUCUUUAGCCCGUGCAGCCUCCCUUCCCUCUCCUUCCCCUCCGUCUUCUCCUUCCCACCAUUCCACCCGCCCCAGUGUUCACCUUCCCCUCCCCGCGCGUCGCCUGCGUACAAAGCGGCUCAGCAUGUCCCUACGGAGGAAAAUUACAAGUCAAGUUUUGUUCCGCGGUCGCUGAAGAAAACAAGGAAGUAAAUAAAAGUUGGAAACGUUUGUCAAAGUCGCAGUAAUCCACGUGUGUUAAAAGAAGAUAAUAAACAGAUGCGCCAGUGAAAGAAAAAACGUUAUUAAGUGCACCGAAAACAACAACUACUCAAGAACAAAAUAGAAGAAUAGAAAAGAAUAGAAAGAAUUGAAAGAAUAUAAUAGAAAAGUGUGAAAUAUUCUUUUUAAGUCGCACGUUGUUGAAAGAAGAUAAAAGCAACAUAUUCAGAACGAAAAUUACGUUGACAAAUGUAAAGAAAAGAAAACAUAUCAUCAAAACUAGAGACUUAUUUUUUGCGAGCAUCUGCACAAUAAUAAACACACACACAAACACACGUUACAGAGCAGCAAACAAGCGAGGAAAUAAAAGCUAAAUCAAACUCACCUCGCAGCUGUUCCUCGUGGAUGCUCCCCUUCAGCUUAUACCGCAGUCUUCAAAAGUUCGCUCUCACCUGAAUUCACCGCCGAUCCGACCCCACCCUUCCCUUGCCCUCCGUACCCCGCCCCGGCUCGACCCAACCCACCGCGCACCAUGGCCAGCAAGCGAGUUGACUGGGGUCGCUUCGGCCUGGCCUCGGACGCAGAGAGAGAAGCCUCGGAGACAACCCGCCUGAAGGACCCGGCGCUGGAAGAGGGCUACUACGGGGGACAGGACGCUGAGCUCUUCGCGGAGGAGAAAGGCGACGUGCCAUGGUGGAAGAGCACCUUCUUCGUCAGCGAGCGGGUGUUGUUCGGAACAUGGGACGGCGUGUUCACCUCCUGCUUCGUCAACCUGCUGGGCGUGAUCGUCUUCCUGCGCGCCGGCUGGGUGGUGGGUCAGGCCGGCGUUCCCUUGGCAGCGCUCGUCAUCUUGGUCUCAGUGGUGGUGGUGCUGACGUCCGUGGUGUCGGCGGUGGGGAUCUGUGAGCGUACGAGGAUGGAGAGUGGCGGCAUCUACUUCCUCAUCUCCCACGUGCUCGGCUCCCAGGUGGGCGGGUCCGUGGGCCUCGUCUACUGCUUCGGACAGACGGUCGGCAUCUCCCUCUGCGUGACUGGCUUCGGGGAGUCGAUGGCCAAGCUGCUGGACCUUCGCUGGAUGUGGGCCGAGGAGGCGAUGGGUGCCGCGGCCCUCCUGCUGCUGGCGCUGAUCAACGUGGCGGGCGUCAAGUGGGUGGUGAAGGUGCAGUUCCUCCUCCUCCUGCUGGUGCUUCUGGCCGUCAUUGACUUCCUGGUGGGGAGUUUCCUUGCCCACCCCGAUGAGGCCGGCGUGACGGGCUGGUCGGGGCUCACCUGGGCCAACAACACCUCGCCAGGCUACACGGAGGACAACUCAUGGUUCACCGUCCUGGGCGUGUUCUUCCCCACCGUGACAGGCAUCAUGGCGGGCAUCAACAUGAGCGGCGACCUCCGACACCCCGCCAGAGACAUCCCCGUCGGCACGCUCUCCGCCCUCGGCCUCAGCACGGUGCUGUACCUGGUGUUCGUGGUGGUGCUGGGGGCCACGGUGGAGCGCAAGGUGCUGCUCACGGACUACAUGAUCACCGAGAAGGUCUCCGCUCUGGGUGUGUUGCUCCUGAUCGGCCUGUACACCACGACGCUCUCCUCCACCCUGGCCUCGCUGUACGGCUCUCCGCGCGUCCUGCAGUCCAUCGCCGCCGAGAACGUGGUGCCCUUCCUCGCCCCGCUCGCCAAGGGGAAAGGUCCCAACAAGGUGCCGGUGGUGUCCUUGGUGGUGACGGUGGUGGUGACGCUGGUGUUCUUGAUGGUGGGGCGCAUCAACACCCUCGCCCCCAUAGUCACCAUGCCCUUCCUCGCCACCUACGCCACCAUCGACUACGCCUACUUCGCCCUCGCCAUGACGGCCGAUAUGCAGCGGAAGAGGGAGGCACGGUUCAGAGGUCAAGCCUUCGGAACGCCGACCUUCGACACCCGAAGCAGCGGUGGCAACACUGACCUCGACCACCUGUUCCCUGAGAGGAUCACUCACAAAAAGGUCAUCACGACGGCGGCCAGCUCGGGCACCUCCAGCGUGGUCUCUUCCCCCGACGACCACUCCAGCAUCAAGUCCGACACAGACCGCUCCGGCAAGGAGGAAGGCGGCGCGAGCAGCAGCGUGACCAGCGAGGGUCGGGCGCCGACCCCCGGCGGUGUGGGGGGCGUGAUGGGCAUCUCCAGCAAGCCCUCGCAGUGGUACUACCACCUGUGUAAUCGCUGGCUCUCCCUGCUCGGCGUGGCGGUGAAGCUGGCGAUGAUGCUGUGCGUGCACUGGGCCUACGGGCUGGCCACGCUGGUCAUCAUGCUCUUCUUCUACGUGUACAUUGGCCAGGCGGCGCCGGGUGGCCCUCCUGGCAUUGCUACUGAGUUCGUCUUCCUCCUCUGGAUCAAGAACAAAUUCCUUGCCUGCAUCGGGCAGCGACCGUCGGAAUAUGACCAGGUGGUGGUGACGCCGCUGCACCCCGGCGUUGAGGUCACCGCCAACCAGCUCACGGAAGAGAACGAAGAUUUUGCGGCAAGAUCCCGCUACCACCAGUCAGCGCCAGGCGGGGCGCUCCCUGACCUGCCCAAGCCUCAGUGAGGCCCUGGUCCGCCUCACACUACCUCAUCUUACCUGCAGGGACGCAGACUCACCCCGUCAAAUAAAUCACACUCAACGCUUGCGACAAAGGAUAUAUAUAUAUAUAUAUAUAUAUAUAUAUAUAUAUAUAUAUAUAUAUAUAUAUAUAUAUAUAUAUAUAUAUAUAUAUAUAUAUAUAUAAUUGAUACCAAUCGUUACACCAGGGGAGAAAAUUUGACGCCAAAGAUCAUCAGCCCAUCCUCACCCUCAUCAGCUCCAGUAAUAACUGGAGAGGGUAAAACAAAAUUCCAGGGACCUACUAAUUGCCAGCAUGCUUCACACAAAAAAGUCUUCGAAAGUUACGCCUCCAACGCUCAGUCUGCAGCUCCACACGCAGCUGCGUUGCUUCACGACAGGUUAUGUAUGAGGGUUUUUUUAUGUAUCACUGAUGAAAAUCAGCACAGUCCAUCGAAUAUGAAGGGUGAUCGCCGCGCUGCUGUUGUAUCGGUUUGAUUUUUAUUCCGUGUCCCACGAUUUAGCAACCACAAAUAACUUGGUCACUUCUAUCUUUGUCUCUAGUUCACACACACACACACACACACACACACACACACACAGUGGUUAGCGCGCUCCCCUCACAACCGAGAGGUUCCUGGUUCGAUUCCCAGACGGAGUGGAGGCAGAAGGGCAGUCUCCUUUAAUCCGUUCCCCCUGUCCACCCAGCAAGGAAUGGGUACCAGGUGUCAGGCAGCCUCCCAGGUGUGUGCGUGUGAGGUUUCAGCCGUAUCUAGAGAUCCAUCACUUCUGAGCUCCAAGUUCGGUCGAGGAUGGCAAUCGUGAGUCUACCACGUGGUCAUAUAUUGCCCAUUUCGUCUCUUGUGCAUUACUUUCAUCUACUAUACUCUCAGAUCUGAGGAAGAAAUGUCACUUCAGGGAGCGUAAUUGCCUUGAAACAGAAGGACAGCAUGGUUAUCAGAAAGAUGUUCUUGUGUCGUGCCACAUUGGAUCUCUCGAACUCUAGAAUCUGCAGACCAUUAAAGGGCGCGGCUUUCUCUUUGAAAUUGCUAAAAAUCUAGUGAAUAUAUGCAGGCUUUGAAACUGAGUGCCGUCUUAAUCCUCGGACACUGCUUAUAUGAGUGUUAAACACUUUAUCUGUUGGUACGUUUCUUCUCAGUGUUUGUGUUACAUGUAUUAAAAUUCCUAAAUUGUUCACAUUUCAAGAAUAAUCAAAUAAAUAAACAGACUUCAUAUAACCUGUGAUGGUCCACAUAAACUGCAAAGGAAAAGGUGUCCACGGGCUGCUCUGGGUUUCCUGCUGAGGUCCUUUCUUGUAUACCAUGCCUGUUGAAGCCGUGGAGGGGCUUCGGAGACGAGCUGGAGCCCAAUGGGUGGGAUGUUUUUGUCUCUUGCCUUGGUCUCCGCCUUCGACUCAUCUAAUUUUGCAUGGCCCUGCACCUCUCACCCUUCCAUUCUUUGUUUCCCACUCCGUCCCUCAUUAUCACGUAUAACACAACAUUCCUUCUUUACAUAAAAAUUAACCCAGCGCACUUCAAAAUUUAUCGUUUAGCACUAGAGGGUCAUUGCUUCCCAGUGCUUGUAUAUUGAAACAAAACCAUCCCGCAUAGGUUCAGCAGGUGUGUUAUACCUCACAAGACCAGCACACUUCUACUUUACAGAUCAACCCAACGGUGUCUACAUGAAAAUGUAAAAAGUCAUUAACUAAUGAACCGAAAAGAAGGGCGGCAAAGAUGAUAUUUUUUUUAUUAGAAUACUUGUGUGACUUAUGCAAAUGUCUUGAGGGAGCGGCAUCAAACGUGGAGCACCCUCACGUCGAGCGACAAAACGCCAUCCCAGAGAUUCGAGGACAACACAGCCGGCGACCUUAGAUGACCUCGGCAGCCACAGCCCCCAGGGACCGGGUGCUACCUCUCUGAAGAACGAAAAUAACAACGAGGAAUGAACACCAUAUUUUACCGACAUGAGGAUACAACUUAUUUGUCUUCACGGACAAAACUAAUUUGUCUUCACAGGAAGGACGUCUGGCAAUGCUUCAAGAUCAAAUACAGUAUAUAUAUAUAUAUAUAUAUAUA